UGUCAAGCCCUAAGCCCCUAGCCCCAAAAACGAAGAAAAAGAGGGACAUCUUAUCCAGUUAGAUUGAAGGCAUAACCAGAACGAUUCAGUAACACAGAAGCUCAAGUGAGAACGAGAGAGAAUGUCAAUUCUCUGUGUACCAGCUUCUUCUUUGUCUUCUUCAACUACUACGCAACCUUAUAUUGCUUGUGCAACCAAGUCCUCCAUCGCUAGCAAUCCGUUUAUUGUGGGGUUCUCUUUGCUAAAAUCAAAACAAUGUGUGCAGACUGUAUUUCCUGUUACUAGCAGCCGCAAUUUUGUGGUUCGGUCCCAGAAGAACGAAGAGAAGGACCUCGCUCGUGUGCCCCUUGAUCAACGUUGGAUGUUCGAAGAGUCCGAGCUCAAUGGCCCUGACAUUUGGAAUAAGACUUGGUAUCCUAAAGCUGCAGACCAUGUGAACACGGAUAAACCCUGGUAUGUUGUUGAUGCAACUGAUAAAAUUCUUGGGAGACUGGCAUCCACAAUUGCUAUUUAUAUUCGUGGAAAGAAUUUGGCAACAUAUACUCCCAGCGUAGACAUGGGGGCAUUUGUGAUUGUGGUGAAUGCUGAGAAGGUUGCUGUAUCUGGGAAGAAAAGGACUCAAAAGCUAUACAGAAGGCAUUCAGGAAGGCCUGGUGGUAUGAAAGUGGAGACAUUUGAUCAGCUACAACAGAGGAUUCCAGAAAGAAUUAUUGAACAUGCUGUUCGUGGUAUGCUUCCUAAAGGGAGGCUUGGCAGAGCAUUAUUCAACCACCUUAAGGUAUACAAGGGUCCGGAACAUCCACAUGAAGCUCAGAAGCCCGUUGAGCUGCCUAUAAGGGACAAGAGGAUACAAAAACAGAGAUAGAUUUGCAUCAAGAUCUAGCUUGAGAUGUCACAAGCAAACUCUCUGGUCCAUAUUGAUUGCCUUGCUCACAUAAUUUUUGGUGACAUGGAUUUUGAGUUCCAUGCCUGGGCCUCCUCCACGCUAGAGCCUGUUCUUGGUUGUAUUUUCCAGUAGAGAAAUUUGAUAUUAGAGUUCCUUGCUUUUGGCUUACGCUUGUUGCUGAUUCUGAUGGGAAAUUUAUUUAUUUAACUUUUGUA